CUCCAGGGGCUGGACCACGGGGGCCGCCCCGAGCACUCCGCGCCCGGCGUCCUGGCAGCCUCAGUCCCUGUGCGAAGAGGACCGCAGGCGUGAUGAUGGCGCUGUGGCUGGUGCACAUGGGGCAGAAGCUGCUGCUCUGGGGCGCGGUGAGCGCCAUCUCCCUGGCGGGCGCCACCCUAAUCCUGAACGUCCUGCAGAUGGUGGCGAGCUACGCGUGGAAGUGGCAGCAGAUGAGGGCCGUCCCGACCUUACCCGGCGCCUACCCUUUCGUGGGCCACGCGCUGAAGCUCAAGCCGGACGCGAGAGAUUUUUUUCAGCAGCUAAUUUAUUACACUGAGGAAAACCGACACCUACCACUGCUAAAAAUCUGGCUUGGGCCAGUGCCAGUAGUGGUCUUUUAUAAUGCAGAAAAUGUGGAGGUAAUUUUAACUAGUUCGAGGCACAUUGACAAAUCCUAUAUGUACAAGUUCCUAGAACCCUGGCUUGGCCUAGGACUUCUUACAAGUACUGGAAACAAAUGGCGCUCUAGGAGAAAAAUGUUAACACCCACUUUCCAUUUUACAAUUCUGGAAGAUUUCUUAGAUGUCAUGAAUGAACAAGCAAAUAUAUUGGUUAAUAAGCUUGAAAAACAUGUUAACCAAGAAGCGUUUAACUGCUUUUUUUACAUCACUCUUUGUGCCUUAGAUAUAAUCUGUGAAACAGCUAUGGGGAAGAAUAUUGGUGCUCAAAUUAAUAAUGAUUCUGAGUAUGUCCGUGCAGUUUACAGGAUGAGUGAUAUGAUACAUCGAAGAAUGAAGAUGCCCUGGCUCUGGCUUGACCUUUUGUUCCUUAUGUUUAAAGAAGGAUGGGAACACAAAAGGAUCCUGAAGAUCCUACAUAAUUUUACCAACAAUGUCAUUGUUGAACGGGCCAAUGAAAUGAAGAAAGAUGAAGAACGUCGUAGAAGUGAUGACAGUGGUCCUACCUCCUCCAAAUAUAAAGGCAGAGCUUUUCUUGACUUACUAUUAAACGUGACUGAUGAUGAAGGGAACAAGCUAAGCCAUGAAGAUAUUCGGCAAGAAGUUGACACCUUCAUGUUUGAGGGCCACGAUACCACUGCAGCUGCAAUAAACUGGUCCUUAUAUCUCUUGGGUUCUUAUCCAAAAGUCCAGAGAAAAGUGGACAAUGAACUGGAGGAAGUGUUUGGGAAGUCUGAUCGUCCUGCUACCUUGGAAGACCUGAAGAAGCUUAAAUAUCUGGAAUGUGUUAUGAAGGAGACCCUUCGCCUUUUCCCCUCUGUUCCUUUAUUUGCCCGUAGUCUUAAUGAAGAUUGUGAAGUUGCAGGUUACAGAAUUGUGAAAGGCUCUCAGGCAAUCAUCGUUUCCUAUGCACUGCAUAGAGACCCGAGAUACUUUCCAGAUCCUGAAGAAUUCAAGCCAGAACGGUUCUUUCCUGAGAACUCACAAGAACGCCAUCCAUAUGCAUAUGUGCCCUUCUCUGCUGGACCCAGAAACUGUAUAGGUCAAAAAUUUGCCCUGAUGGAAGAAAAGAUCAUUCUUUCCUGCGUCCUGAGGCAUUUUUGGGUAGAAUCCAACCAGAAAAGAGAAGAACUUGGCCUGGCAGGAGAGCUGAUUCUCCGUCCAAGUAAUGGCAUCUGGAUCAAGUUGAAGAGGCGGAACGUGGAUGGAUCCUAACCAUAUUAUUGGACUUAUCAUGCGCUUAUCAUGAAAAAAGUCUUUCUUUAAGGGAAACUUUGCAUUUACAAUUUAGAGAUCGUGAGUUCAGCACUCUUAAUCCCUAGACCUAGUUUUCUCUUGUCCCCACUUACAUCGGGUUCAAGUCUACCAGGGAGAGAGUUUUUAUGUUUUCUUCACCACCAUAGGUCUUACCCCUGAUCUUGAUCCCAGAAGUACAGUUAACUGAUGACAGCACCCAAAUAAACAUAUAACAAGUGUCUCAACAGAGGGAUCCACAGGCUAAUUCAAUUUCAAUUGACAGACCCAAAGGAUAUGAUUUAAUUGAGGUUCCAGAAUUUUUGUAAGGUAUUCUUCUUGGCUCAGGAACAUAUAUAUGCAUAUAUACAUAUACAUUUAAUGUGAAAAGGGUGAUUAAUUAAGGACUAAGACUUAAGGAGGUUAAGUUUUUUAAAUUAUAUCAGUGGCAUCA